AUGAUAAAGAUAGCAACUCCAAAAGAGCAUCCUUAUUCGUCCCACAUCUCCAAGUUUGCAAUGUUCCCAUCCUUCAGCUCUCCAGAUGACCCUAAAACAGGAGUCCGAGCUGCCUCCCAACCUUUCCUCAACCCCCUCAUCCCAAAUAGUGCGCCGGACAUCACUCUGCUGAGCAAAACUAUAGGUAGUCCAUACAGACACGAGGUCUUGGAGACAACCAUAAACACCAGGAAGAAAGCUGUUAUGUGGACCGGAGAGCAUGGCUUCUGCGAUCAUACAAAGCCAUUGAAGGGAGAGAACCAGGUUUUCUACCCAACUCCUCCAAAGACAGUGCUGCCCAAUCCUAAACUUCGUGACUGGGAUUUGUCGAUAUCUGAGCGGACAAGCAACAUGCUGAAAAAUUUGGAGAGGACACAGUGGCUCACCUCGUACCAAAUGCACCACACAGCUCCAAACCAAGGCACUGCUUCAGAUGCUAUAAACCAACAUAGGCCACAAGAGAUCACAGUUAAGUAUAAUGAGGCACCAGAUUCAAACCAAAAGGGUCAUAGUCAAUCAAACAGCUCUGGCUCCACAGAAGCACGGAGCACUGAGCCAUACCAGGAGGUCCUACACAAACAACAAAGUGAGAGCAAACGCUCUGCAUAUAAGGGCAGAGGGAGAGAAAACUGCAAAGUCCAGUUUGAUGUUAGUCCAAGGCAAGAAUCCGCCUCACAGAGCAGCCAAGAGGCUAGCGCUACAGAGCGACCCCUGGACCUGUACAACUGCCCACCUUCCCAGGAAGAGAUGGAGGUCAACAAGAAGAAAAGCCUGAUCGAGCUGUAUGUAAACGAUGAACCAAGUAGUAAAAUGCAGUAUUACAAAGCUGGAAGAAAUGUAUCUAGCAUUAGUCAGUCAUCUGUGGCCAAGGAUCUGGCAGGUAUUGAAUCAAAUGUUGAGUUAUCAUUAAGGGCAUCUUCAGAGCAGGAGAAGCUGGCAAAGGGCAGAGAGCCACCACACAGUAUUUCUAACCCCUGCAUCCUGCCAAGGAUGGACAGAGUCGGGAAUGUAGGUAGAGAAGGCGCAGCUCUCCGCCUCCUGGACCUUCAAAAUUCAUUCAGUAAGACGAAGGCCCAUCGCAACUUUAACAGCUCUAUCACACGUGCUGCUGUGAACCUGAGGGACAAUGUAGUCACAGGGAAGAAACAUGACUUCUAUGGGAUCAACUGUUACUACCUGCAUGGCUAA